AUUUACACACGCAUUCUCCGGCAUCGGUAGAACUGGGGAUCUUUAAUGAAACCGCUCCCGCUAAACACGUUACGGAGAUUAUAUUUUUGCAGGACCCAUUCUCAUCCUUGACUUGGUAUCUAGUACUUUCUUCCUUUUAUGUUAUCCAGUUUUAAAAACGUGGGUGUUCUAUUCUUAUUAUGUCUCAUGGUCUCAC